CUUGCAUUUAAUAUUUUUUUGUAUAUCCAAAGUGUUUAAAAAUAAAUACUAACAUGGAUAACACAUCUUGCUUCUCUUUCGUACCUUUAAUGAAAACGUUUCGCAAUAUUUGUGUAACCCGCGGUUCAAGGAAUAUUAAUGUAUUGCGCAUGGAAAUAAAACAUGGAGGUUAACUAAUGAGUGAAAAAGUCUCACUAAAAUGUAAAUAUGUUCUUCGUCAUGACAUUUUGCAUUGAGCGAGCCAUUGCCAGCAAGUUUUUAGAGGUCUGUUUUUAUCUGCGUUAAUUUAAACUAUCGGACUACUAAAUGCUUCGCUAAUCUUGUUGAUGAGUAAUGGUAAUUUCUCUCCGGCGAUAUUUUUAUCUCUCACUUUGCAAGUAAUUUCUAUUUACAAGAUAUCAUAUGAAAUAUUUACGUUCUUUCCACCGCAUUAUUUCUUUUUACUUUAUUUAUCGUUAACGCGUUACCGCGGAAGUUAGUGUCAAAUUUAUAUAUUGGCCUUGAAAACUAAACUUAGAUUGUAUUGAAAAUACCUUCAUAUGACUAAGUUAUUUUGUAGCACAGAUAAGAAGCGAACGAGUUACUUUGUAGCACAGAUAAGGAGCGAGCGAAAUAAUUGUUUUCGCGGUAAAAAGUUAUCGCUGCGGUAGAUUGGCUGUUUUCCAUUUUUUUUUAUGAACUCCUGUAUUACGCAAGUGCGGUUUAGUCGGAUAGGAGCGAUGUAACAAAUCAGUUUUACGAGCGUGAUUUGAAUAUGAAGGUCCGCAUAUGAUAAAUACAAAACUAAGCGAAGGCGGCGAGUAAGUUGUUUGCACAUUAACAGAUCGAUAUGUCUCGCUUUACUCUCGUCUAGGUCGCCUUCAUCGCGUUGAUAUAUUUCCUUGGUGAGUUUAAACGUUACGCAAAUCGUGUGUUUUCAUGAGGCAGCAGAAAUUAAUAAUCAACAGUGCGCAGAAUCGUUACAUUUUAAUCGCGCGAUUACAUUUUACAUUUUAUGCUAUUUAAUGUAGAUCGCCGUCGAUUCGUUCUAUUUGGUGAUGUGCGACUCGACAGAGAAAUACUAACUUAAUCAAAUAUAUGAAAAUUUCAUAUGUGGUCGCACACGAGAAUCCACGAUGUCCUUCGACGUGACAGUGGAGCGAAUGAGAAUCGGCUUGCCCACUUGUGACAAUUCCAACUGCGCGUGCGAAAAGGUAAUUUCUUGCCAUUAUUUGAUUUUGCUGUUCGCGAUGAAUCUUUCAAAAUAGAUCGACCAUUUGAGACCAGGUGAGACGAUGACUAACGAAAAGACGGUACCGAUGUUGUAAUCAUUGAUUGUGAUCAAACUUGGUGAAGAUACAGUGCAACAACCGACCUAUAUCAAGCAGUAAGGUCUUUUCACCUUCCAUAAAGAACGAAUUCUCUUCUCCGUCCGAGUGUUUUCCGCGUGGAAACGUAAACAAUGAUAAAAAUACAAGAGAUUUAAGAAUAAUAAGUAGUUGCGAUGGAAAACGCGUAUAAAAGUAAGGCCAGUUCGGCCUAUACAUGCAUUAGUAAAGCAGUAUUACGCAAAAUAAAAUCGCUUCACGACCGAAACAUUAAUAAUGUCUCGUACUGUUCUCAUUCUUCUCGUCGUUGGCACUGUGCUAUCGAUCGCAAAUGGUCUAUCGUUACUGAAAUGUAAAAAAAAUGAAGAAUGGACCGAGUGCGGAUCCUGGUGUCAACCAACUUGCUGCGAAAAGGAGCCAAAGGUUUGCCCUGCGGUAUGCGUCAGAAGAUGCCAAUGUAAAAGCGGUUACUUGAGAAACAGUCGCGGCGAAUGCGUCCUUCCUUGCGACUGCAACUGCACAGCUACUUCACAACGACGGUGUGGACGACAUGAAAAGUGGACCACUUGUGGAACACCAUGUUCAUCGGGCUGCAGCUCACAAACUCGUCGAGCUUGCGCUCAGCAAUGUUUCACCGGCUGUCAAUGCAAACAAGGAUUUUUGUUGAACGCCGCGGGAGUCUGCGUUCCUCGUAAUAAAUGCUAAAAGCCAAUGGAAAUAUGUAAAGUAUAUUAUUUGGAUAAGAGUAAUCGGUGGUGAUAAAUAAAUACGAAGUAUAUUAAAAACAGCAAUACUAUCUUUAGAAAUAUAUUCAAUGUUCUUGAAACGUUCUGUGUAAUAAUUAUUGCAAAGAAAAAACGUUUUCUCACGUGCUUCGGAAAAAAAACAAAUUUAUCAUAAUCUUUCACAUAUUUGAAUAUUUUUACAUUUCUCAUUUUGUUAUUUGCAUAUCUCCCUGUACUUUAAAAUAUGCAUAUUCGGCAUCAAAGAAAUUUAAAUAGAAAAGAUACAUGUUAUUUUCAAGUAAGAAAAAAUCGUGCAACAUAUAUUCUUGUCAGUUCUGAGAAGUGAUUCUGAGAGUCAGUUCGGAGAGUUGUACGUCAAUGCUGCUUAAAUAACAAGUACACGGUUUCACGGAACGAGCAAGAUAUUAGCCAAUAUUGACUGUAUACGUUAAGAAAGUCUCGUAUAUGAAUGCCGCUUUAAUGGAUUGGUAUCUGCAUAUUUCGAAUAGCGUAUUAUUGUUCAAAGUAGUUCUACUUAAUGCCAAUUUCAUGGUUGUAAUCAUACGGAAUUCAAAUAUAGGAAAGGAGGCGAACGAUUGGACAAUUAUGCGAUUGUAAUUUAUUUCUUUCUACAGUGAAACAAAAAAGUAAUAGAAAAAAACGUGUAUUUAAUUCACAAUAACAGAAAAAGUGUUGCAACUAAUUAACACAAGUAAAUGUAUAAUAGGCUAUUUAAAAAAAUUAAUGUUAAGAAAAAUAGUUAUGUAUCAGAUGAUGUUAUAUACUUGUAAAAAUGACUCUGUACGACUAUCAACCAUUUUACAUACACAGCCAAUAAUUGCAUGCUUUACCUAUGCAUUUUAUGUAUAAAUAUAUAUAUUUAUUAAUAAUAUAUGAUAUAUUUCCUUCUAAUUUAUGAAUAUGUAGAUAGGUGACUUAAGAAAAGAAUGAAAAACUUUCAUCAUAUUAUGACUUCAUGCCACUAAGCCUAAAAUGAAUCAGCGUGGAUUCUAUCCAUGUAGUCAUUAUUUUGUCAUGUUAUGUACUACAACAACAUAAAAGAUACGUAUUAAAAAACGUAGCGGGAAAGAUGAUAUUCGUAUCAUUGUUACAUGCGCAUGGUUGUUUACUGAUUCUCGUUAUAAGUAAUCUGUUACCGAUUAAGUAGUGAGUGUGAGAAGCGAUUAAGUAAUGUAUGUGAGAAGCAACAUAAUCUUCAUCAACGGAUGUAUGCGUAUCUUGAAAAUAAGAAAUACGUGACAAGAGCAAGCCCAGAAUUCGGUAGAAGGGGCCACUAUCAUGAGAGAUACAGUUGGCAAAUACAGUUAUAAAUACAGUUCGUUAGCAAAUACAUGCGAUGAUUACAAAUAUCUGGAAUUUUCAAAUUUUUUUCUCACAGGCAAUAAACAAACACGAGUUAUUUCUCGUAUAUUGUACUUUUAAUAGAGUUAAAUUAACAGUAACGGCUAAAUAAUACUUUUUAAAUAUUUUAGUGCGCAGAGAAACAGGUGGCUACUUUGGUACUUCCGUAUCGUACACAUUGAGACUUAUUAUCGCAUUGAGACUCAUGUUCGUAAUUAAUGAGACACAACAAUAUAAUUGCGUUAUGACUAAUAAUAAGUAUAUUAUUCACGAGUGAAUAAAUUUCCACCGAUAAGCGAUAAAAUCGUGAGAAUUAUAAGAUACAGGCAUCGUUUUUGCUUAUACACACACACACACACACACACACACACAUAUAUAAUAUGUAAUUAUAUCGUAAUUAAUUAAUGAUGUAACAUAAAGAUAUAUUUAAACUAAGUGCGCUAUUAUAUACUGUACGA